AAACAAACUGUUGUUCUUCUUAACAGCCCUUUUAUUCCCCUUGUCCUUCCCACCAGGCAACAUAAUAUAUUUCUGUAGUCAGUUAUUAACGUUACACAGGUUUAAUAUAAUUUAAUAAGUCAAACUCCGAACAUCAGGUUUCAAUCACAAAAUAUCCCCCAUAGAUGUACGGUAUGUUUAUAAAUGAUCACGUGACUGUUGAAGCCCGCGAAAUUGAGUAUGAAUGUGGAAAUUAUGAUGACCGGAAGUUCCGGUUCGGAGAUUGUUUGGUGAGGCGAUGUUUCCGCUACGAGAGGCGAAUUCUGUCGGCGCAACUUUAACGGAGUUCUGAGUCUGCCCGAGAGUCUGAACCUGCACCGGGACCAGCAGCAACAGCCACAGCAGCAGCAGCAGCAGCAGCAGCAACGUUCCAGUCGGAGUGGAGAAGGUCAUGGAUACACACAGGCCGAGCUCCGAACUCUGGAACAGUCCCUCCUGGCUACCCGCGUGGGCAGCAUCGCCGAGCUGAGUGAUUUGGUGUCCCGGGCGAUGCACCACCUGCAGCCGCUGCACGUCAAAAGCUCCGGCAAUGGCACUCCAGUUCACCAAAAGACCAACACCACGGUACACUGGGAACCUGAGGCGCUGUACACGCUGUGUUACUUCAUGCACUGUCCACAGAUGGAAUGGGAGAAUCCCAACGUGGAGCCAUCCAAAGUCACUUUACAGACUGAGAGGCCCUUUCUGGUACUGCCGCCGCUGAUGGAGUGGAUCCGCGUCGCCGUCGCCCACACUGAGCAUCGACGAAGCUUCUCCGUGGAUAGUGAUGAUGUCAGGCAGGCGGCCAGGUUGCUGCUCCCCGGAGUGGACUGUGAACCUCGACAAAUAAAAGCCGAGGAUUGUUUCUGUGCCACCAGGAAAUUGGACGCAGCCUCCACUGAGGCCAAAUUCCUGCAGGACCUGGGGUUUAGAAUGCUCAACUGUGGACGCACAGACCUGGUCAAGCAGGCAGUGAACCUGCUGGGACCGGAUGGCAUUAACAGCAUGAGUGAAAAGGGAAUGACCCCGCUCAUGUACGCCUGCGUACGCGGUGAUGAGGCCAUGGUUCAGAUGCUGCUCGACGCCGGCGCCGACAUCAACAGUGAGGUGCCCAGCUCAGUAAACAAGCACCCCUCAGUUUACCCUGACACACGCCAUGGGACACCACUCACUUUCGCCGUCUUACAUGGACACGUCCCUGUCGUGCAGCUGCUUCUGGAUAACAGAGCAAACGUGGAGGGCGCCCUGCAGGAUGGGGCUGAGAACUACACGGAGACGCCGCUGCAGCUGGCUUCAGCCGCAGGAAACUUUGAGUUGGUGAGUUUGCUGUUGGAAAGAGGAGCUGACCCCAUGAUUGGGACCAUGUGUAGAAACGGUAUCUCCUCGGCUCCACUGGGCGACAUGAACUCCUACAGCCUGGCAGCAGCACACGGUCACAGGAAUGUCUUUCGAAAGCUGCUGUCCCAUCCUGAGAAGGAGAAGGGCGACGUCCUGUCCCUGGAGGAGAUCUUGGCCGAGGGUUCAGACCCCGGGGAGAAGAGACUGUCGCUGCAUGCCAACAGUGGCGGGACGUUGCGAACAGGAAAGGCCAAACUGAGAGCCCUGAGAGAGGCCAUGUACCAUAGUGCAGAGCACGGCCAUGUGGACAUCACCAUAGACAUCCGCAGCUUAGGCGUUCCCUGGACGCUGCACACCUGGCUGGAGUCCCUGCGAACCUGCUUCGUCCAGCACCGCCGGCCGCUGAUCCAGGGUCUGCUCAAGGACUUCAGCUGCAUCCAGGAGGAUGAGUACACGGAGGAGCUGAUCACGCACGGCUUGCCACUCAUGUUUCAGAUACUCCGCACCAGCAAGAACGAGGUGAUAAGCCAGCAGCUGUCCGUUAUCUUCACUCAGUGCUACGGUCCCUUCCCCAUCCCCAAGCUGACGGAAAUCAAGAAGAAACAGACCUCACGCUUAGACCCUCACUUCCUGAACAACAAGGAAAUGUCUGAUGUCACCUUCCUGGUGGAGGGAAAACCGUUUUAUGCACAUAAAGUCCUUCUGUUCACAGCUUCAGUCAGGUUUAAGUCGCUGCUACAAAACCGACCUGCGGCGGAAAACACCUGCAUCGAGAUCAGCCACGUCAAGUACAAUAUAUUCCACCUGGUCAUGCAGUAUCUGUACUGUGGAGGCGCUGAGAUGCUGCACAUACGCAACACUGAAGUGAUGGAGCUCCUGUCUGCAGCCAAAUUCUUCCAACUGGAGGCUCUUCAGAGACACUGUGAGAUCAUCUGCUCCAAGAACAUCACCACUGAGACCUGUGUGGACCUCUACAAACACGCCAAGUUCCUCGGUGCUUUGGAGCUGACGGCGUUCAUCGAGGGCUACUUCCUGAAGAACAUGGUGCUGCUGAUCGAACUCGAAGGCUUCAAGCAGCUCCUGUACGAACCUCCACCCGCCGAGAGCCCCGUGUCAGGCCCCAGCAUCUCCACCGACAUCCUCCGAGACCUGGAGAAGACGCUGGCUACGCGCAUCCACUCCAUCCACCUCUCCACCUCCAAGGGCUCUGUGGUGUGAUGAUUGCAACCCGAACCCCCAUAUAACACCACCAUCUACACCCAAGUGUACCCCGUUACGCCACAACCCGCUCGGCUCACUGGUGCAGAGGAUCUGUCAGUCCGUGAUUCCCUUUAAUUCUGUCCCACUGAUGGUAAAUGUUGGAGAAACCGUGGAGGAAACCUUCUCACCUUGUCCGAGGAUCAGACGAAGCGACGGCUCCAACAAACAGGUUCCAUUCGUGAAAACAUGACCCAACUGUCCCAUUUAGACCAAACUAAGUUACAAAACUUUCAUCUGUAUUUCAGAGAAAACGUUUGCAUGAAAUACCUUCUAUUUGCUUAAAGAGCUAGAUUAACGUAGAGAUCUAAACGGAUUACAACACCAGACUCUGCUCUGGGAAAGACCACAUGGCUUCUGGAAGUUUGAUGUCUCAAUUAUGCCAAAAAACACAAACCCACACCGCCACGUUGGUCACAUGGUCCACAUGUUGCAAUAAACUGGGCUUUAAAUACACACAUUGAGCAUCCAGAUUGUUGGCCACAGCUUCCAACUCAAGCAGAUGGGACUAUGGUUAUCUGGACCAGUAUGCAAUAGCCCACAUCUGGUAUCCAGACUGUGGGCGACAUCUUAGCUGCACAUACGGCCCAGCAUAGGACCAGGAGAAGGUUUCAUUUGGUGUGGCCCAGUUUGUGUUCUGUGGCCCACCAGAAGACACCAAAUUUGGUUUAGGUGAAGCAAAAAAAUAGGACCUGGACUUUUCAUUUGAUUUGAAUAUAUAUUUUAAUAUGUGGCCUAAAAAUUUGCUAACAAAUGGGGACCACACAUUGAGCCACAUCUCAACCAAAAAUUAAGGAUUAGUUGGUGGUCGGCUGUGGUUGUCUGUAGCCCACAUUCUGGAUACCAAAUGUGGCCCACUCAUGACCUGUAAUUCAUGGCAGUAUGUGGGUGCAGUGAUACAUUUUGUGACCCAACAAUGGGCUGGACCAGUAUAGAUGUGUGGGAUUACUAUUUUGUUUCGUAGCAAUGCCAGCAGACGGACGAUGGACGGUGGUCUGCUCUUCGUCCCGUCGUCUCUGUGUAGGUUUCACUGUGUUCUAUAUUCUGUUGAGGCCAAAACCACAACAACAACAACAACAACAACAACAACAGCUUCCAGUGGCCGACACCGCAACGCUUUCUCAACUAAAGAUGAGCAAGAACCUUAGAAAAAUCUAUGCCGAUGUACAGUAGUGUUUGAAACACAGACAUUUCCGACGGGGGAAUUGAACUCUCAACGUGAAACACUGUCUUUUCUUUACAUUUUUCCUUGCAUGACUCCUCCUCAGCUGAGCUGCCGCUGAUGUCGCUUUUUACGUAGAAACUUUUUCAAGGACCAGUUUUUCCGAAGAACAAGUUGAGAGAGAGAGGGAGAGAGAGAGAGUGUUUCAUUCUCUGAUGAACUGAUGAGGAUUCGGAGACGGAUUCUAACGGACAGGGAUUUUCUCAAAGAUAUUUAAAGUGUAAAUACGUCCUAGCGGUCAUCGUGUUGGUUCUUUUUUUUUUCUCCCCACAUUUAUUUUUCAAACUGGUGUACAGUGUAGGCUUCUCCUACACCUGCUCGCCCUGUGGCCCAAAUUUCCUCAGAGUGUGCUCUCUGGACAGCUCCCCCUGCUGUGUGUCUCUGUUUAUGCACUGUUGCAUGUUCUUACCUGUUUAUAUGACUCCUCCUCCCUUUGUCUUUAGCUGUUCUUCUCUGUGUAGAUGAGGUCGAGUAGAGAGGUUGUUGUUCUCGUCCAAUCAGAAAACAAGAAUACGCCAUUGUUCUGCUACUUCUCAUACAUUCCAAAUGAUCAGGGUCGAUCGUACGUUCAUACGCACUCAUACGUUUAAAAGGCUACUUUUGGUUUUGGACUUAAACCUCGACAGUUUUCUUGACAGCAACACAGACCUACAUGAACGUUUCGAAGAUUGGGUAGUAGACUUUCACCUCCAGUAGGAGGCACUAAAACACAGAUUAUACUUACAAUUCCCAGUUGGGCAAAGUCUGCAUUCUGCACUAGUUGAGGAAUACUAUCGUCACACAGAGAUUUCUAAGUGUACGAGGUAAACAUAUAUGAGUAAUAUCAUCGCCAAGGUCAGCUAGCCAGUCGCAGAUACAUGAGCGAGAAAUGGAAACACUUUCAGUUGUGUUCUUUCCAUCGAUCAGCUCCAUCAGUAGCGGCAGUCGUGUUUGUUUCCCCCAAUUUUGACAUUUUUGAUCUGGUCCCUGGUUUGUGAAAGGGAAGUCAGGAUAAAUCACAUCAGAUAAGUAUCGGAUUCAGAAGAACUUGUGAAAGUGUCUUGUUCUGAUUUGUGCCGUUCAGACUGUCCUAGAAAGAUCAAAUAUGGGUCACGUGGACAAGAGUCCGAUUUGGGCCACCUUUGUCCGCAGUUUGAAUCAGGUCGUAAAGAAAGCAACGUGAUGUGAAACUAUGAUGAACAGAAGGACAGUGUGAUGAAUAAUGUUAUUCUAGUGACUGUAAACACAUGUUAAGGGCGUCUGGAAGAUCCUGGUGUUUCGCCAUGUUUUGGAAAGGAAAAUAUGUGAGGAGGAUAACAAGAAGAAGGAAGGAGAAACAGCAGCUGGGCACGAUGGAAAUUUACAGAGUUGGAACAGAUUGUGUGAAAGUGACGCCAAACACGAAAGAAUCUCCAACACCUGAAACACUUUUUACAUGUAAAAAUAAUGUGAAAAUACCAAUGCAUUGUACAAGUUCACGACAUGGUCAUAUACACAUUCAUCUUUAGCUUUGAAUGAGCAGCUUUAUUAUGUUUUACUUUCUCAAACUGUAUGUUUUUGGUAUGAAUAUGAAUCCAUGUUGAGUAUCUGUCAACUAUUAGCUAUUUUAUUUUAUUAACAGCAUUAUUAUUAUUAAGUAUACAACAUGUAAAAUCAUUCCACUAUAACAUAAGCUAGCUUUAUGCCACAGAUUGCCAAUAGAAGGACCACAUACAGCAUGGACCACCCAUAGGCAUUCCUUUAAAGCCAUAAAAGGGCCAAAUAAAUGUUCUAUUUGACAAAUAUUUAAUAUAUUAGGAGUUAUAUAGAUCUUUUUUGGCAAUUCUCUGGAAAAGAUAUCUGAAUUUUUCCCAACUUGCAACAGUUUAUCUGGCCUUAAAUUGGGACAUUAGCAUAAAAACAUGUCGAAAGUACCUUUAAAAAUCGUAUUUAAAAAAAACAACUCAAAGUCCAUUUAUGGAUUAUUAUUAUUAUCUUAUUUUUACACUGUGUACUUCAUGAAUGUAAUAAUCCUAACUUAUAAAUAAAUGUGCAAUGUUUUCAGCCGAGCAGGAGAACCAAAACGAGAAGAUGCUACAGUACAUUCUGUCGAUUCAUUAGCGCGCUAUUGCUAACAUGCUACCCCGCUAAUCCCGAUUUCUUCAGUGCACUUUCACAUAUUCGACACUAUGGUGAGGAAAAUCGAAAUUUAAUUUUGUAGCACACUCAAAAAAAUUCACUUGGACAUUUGUUCGGGACUGAACAUUUUAGGACAAGCAAACCGGCAGGUAGGUUUAGUAGGUUCUGUAAAUAGACACAAAAACAUUAUAGAUAUUUCGAACCCUAUGACUUUAUUUUCGUACAGUACCUGCAUACAUAGCACUAGGCUGUAUAUUUUAUUUUACAUUUCACAGCUAUUUUGUUUUACUAAAGAAAAUAUAUAUAAAAAUGUACUAAUAUAAAAAGCUGCUUUUUGACGUUGUUAAGCAAUAUUUACAUUAGAUUGUAUUACUUUGAACAAAUACGUCACAGGGAAUAGAGCAACAAUAUAAAUGUGAGAUUAAAAUUAUAUGACAUAGACAAAUGGGUGAAUGACAAAGCCUGGAUAUUUUAUUUUUGUGUUACACAUAUAUUAAAUAAUAUUUUCGUUUUUAAAUUGUAUUCUAACUUAAAGAAAACCAGUACAAUAUAUUGUUUUACAGAGUUUCAAAUAAUUCACUUCUGCCACAUUUUCAUGUUGAAUCUUGUCAAAAAAAGAGCAUCAUUUCACUAAAAUGACUUGUUUUUAUAUGGGAUGUUACUUAAACAUGCUAACGGUUCUGUCACCACAGAGGUAACACGGUUUGUUUUUAAGUUUGUUUUUUUAUAUAUAUAUA